AUGUGAGAAAUUUUUUCGCUUCUAUAAAACAUCAAACAUUAAAGAUAGUACAUAUCAAUCGUUAAUCAUUAAAAAACAAGUGGACUUAAUAACAAUAUAUUUUUAUCGAAAGUUUGAUUUUACCAAAGAAAUCUUCAAAUUCAUCUACUGAUCAUGUCGGUUACUUUCAUUUCAUCAUCAUCAUCAUGAUCAUCAUCAUUAUCAUCAUUAUCUUUGGACUCUUUUCUCUACCUGGGAUAAAAGAUACCUGUUAGUAAGCAUAGGAACACUUGAGUUUCUACUUUUAUCUUUCGUUUCUUGGAUAAGACAUUUGUCGUCAAAGUUUCUUUUUUUGUCUUUUAAACGUAUGUCAACAUAACGAAAAACGGAUAACAAUGUUUGCAUUAACAAAAAAAAAACGCGAAGAAGAAUUUUUCGACCAAUACGCAUACCCGCUGAAUAUAUUCGACUCUCUCUUUUUUUUUCUUCUCUUAUCAUCUCUUUUUGUUUCGUAUAUAAAAUGAGCAGUUUACAACAAGAAAAUUUUCAUAUAUAUUCAUUUUUGUGUUCGUCAAACAUACUACAUACAAAUAGAAACAGAAAUUUUCAUUUCACUUAAUUGUAUAUGAGCUGGAAGAUGGAUUUCGCAUAGAUGUCUUCUGAUGCCAGAUCUAUAUUCUUCCAGCUCAUAUCAAUAAGUCACUAGUCAUCAUCAAUUAUUCUUUAUAUACAUAUAGAUAUAUAUAUAUAUAUAUUGUAAGUCUCAUAUUUUUUAUUGUAUUGGACGACCUUUAACUAAGCCGAGAGCUCAAAUACAAUUCAAAUUCAAUCAGCUUUUUAAUACUUCGUUGUUUUUUUUCCUUAUAUCAUUUCUAUUGAGUAGGUUUUUCUUUUUUUUUUCAAUUACAAUCAUUCUUAUUCCUUUAUCGUAUUCUUUUUAUUUUCAAACUAUCAAGUAAUAGACAGUCUCUUUUCUUAUCAUGACAUUGUUCAGGGAGGAGUAAUAGUAAAUCAAAUUCUAAUUUUAUAUUGACGAUGUAUAUAUAUAUAUAUAUGUUAUACGCACAAUUUGUCUUUACUUUCCCUCCUUCGAUGAUCGAAAAACGAACAAGAGAAGAAAGAGAGAAAGAAUCGAGCUCAGAUUGAGUUUCUUGCACGCUCCACUCGAAAUUCCCUCAUCGUUCUUCGUGUUAUAUAUGUAGUCAAAUUUCGCUACAGAGCACGUUUUACGCGAGCAUACAUACACACGAACAGAUUAUCAACAGCUGUAAAGUUCAGGGAGAAAACAAAAGCACAUCCAGACGAACGAAAAAAAGAAAAAAGUGGUAAAUGAAGGCGGCAAUAUAUGUUACGACUCUUCCUUGUUCUCUCUUCUUCUUUUUUUUUUUUUUGAUUACUCUUCACGUUCUUGAGUGAGAACAACAGCCGUUCGUUCGUAAGUUUGAGGUUGAUCAUAAUAAUGAUCGAAUAGAGCAGACCUUAUCGCGUGCGAAUAGACCCAUUUGUUGUUUUUUUAGGCUCACAAUGUUGUUUUUUUUUAUGAUAUUAUAUUUACAAUCAUAUUUUUUUUUCUUUAUUUGCGUACUCGACUCGACUAAGUGGAGCAGUUCGUCUCACCCUGAACACCAGCAAUUGGUGAGAUUCAACUCCUCCACUUCUUUGUAGUCGUUCAUAUCAUCUCUUUCUUAUUUUAUUGAUGAUGAUAAUAAUGAUGAUGAUGAUGAUGAUGAUGAUGAAUUGUAAUGAUGACUAUACAGAAGUAAACGACUGUUCUUUAGUCAAUAUAUUAAUGGCUUCAUCAUUCUGACAAAUGAAGAACAAUAUAUAUUUAUGGCUUCUAUUACCAAAGAUUCAAACAUUUAUAUCAAUCAAUUUUUAUUUUAGUAUUAUUACAUAUAAAAAAAAAAGAAUCUUUUAUCUGUAAAUAUCAAUAUAAUCAAACGAAAUAUAAAGCAUAAUUCAAUUGAAAAUUUGUUUUAUUUUAAUUUUUAAUAGAAUUUAGUUUAAAGUAUUUCUUUUUUUUUUUUGUUUUGUAAAAAAUAAAUAAUUUAUUAAUUAAUAUUAGCAGAUUAUAUUUUUUUAUGGCUUCUUAAUUUAUAAAGUCAAAUAUUUGAAAGAGAAAUUUUCAUUGAUCUGAAUUAAGUAAGAUUUAUUUACUAAUACUUCUAUUAAAUAGAAGAUAAAAUUGAUAGAUGAUUGAAAGGAUAUUCUAUCAAAAUGAAUAAAGAAAAAGAUUCAAUAAAAAGAACAUUAUCGAAUUCUUAAGUCUUGUCGAAGUUUAAUUUUUCAAAUAAUUCUUUCAAUAUGCAAAGUAUUUUAAUCUGUAUUAAACUAUUCUAUAUAGACAUGUGUCUCUUUCGUUAUUGUUGAUAGCAAAAAAAAAAAAAUACUAACGAUUAUUUUGAUUGAUCAAAUCUAACUAUAUACACUUCAGACAUCAUUUUAUCAACAUAAGAAAUCUGAUAGAUCAUAAAUAUAAUCGAAGUUUUAUUUUACAUUUUUAUUAGACAAAUCUAUUUUAUAAUAUUCAAGUAAAUUUCUAUGAAAUAUUUAGAUUGGUGAAGUUGAUCGAGAAUGUUUCAAUACACUUGUUUCAUUUUAUUUUGUCAAAUAUUUACAAGAACGAAGUUUAUCUUUGUCAAGACCUAUAUUACGUGCACCACGAGCGAUAACAUCUGAUAUAGUUCGAGUACCAUUUGUUCAAGAUACAAUUAAUCUUAUACGUCGUUCACAUCAAACUCAUUUUGAUUUUUCUGCUUUUAUUGAUGAUUAUUAUAAAGUAAAACAUGAUUAUAUCAAUAAUAAUGGUUUAUUGGUAUCACCAAGUCUUAAUUCAACAUUACUUAGUGUACUUCGUGAACGUCUUUGUUCAAAAACAUAUGAAAAUAAACCACAUUUAUUUACUGAACUUAAUGGUAAUAAUAAUGCAUUUACACGUACAUUAAUAUCACGAUCAAAUCAUUUGAAAAAUCAUCAUUUACCAAUUGGUUUAAGUAGUUUAAAAUCAAAUCCAUAUUUACUUUAUUUACUUAAUUAUAAUGAACAACAAACAACAAAAAUAUUAACUGAUCUUGAACGUUAUCUUAUGGAUAUGUUAUUUCCACAUUGGGAUUUUCUUGUUUGUGCUGAAAGUGAUGAAUAUGUUUAUAUGAUAUUAUUACCAAAAAGUGAACGUGAUUUACUUUUAUUAAAUACAGAUUUAAAUAUAUUUAUGCAUGAUCUUAUUGCUCAUUAUUCAAUGAAUCAUAUUGAUAAGGGAAUACCUAUUUAUGAUGAUUGUCGUUAUGUUAUGGAUACGUUAAUUGAUGAUCUUGAAAGUCAUAUUGUUAUUGAAUCAUCAUUAUUAUUAUCUACAAUGGAAAAUUCACAGAAUAAAGUCAAUGAAGAACAAACAAGUAAAUAUUCUCAACGACGUCGUCAACGUCGAGAUACAUUUACUGGAGCUGAAUUAUUAGCACCUCAUCCUACACAUUCAACAUAUAUCAAUGGUAAAAGUAUACCGUCUUCAUCACCAAUUCCUAUAAAUCAUCCUCUCUCUCACCAUUUUUACCAAUCAGCUUCUCAACCGACAUCUACUGGUUAUCGUCGUAUAUAUUCUCCAUUAACACUUGAUCCAAAUAAUAUAUCACAUGUUGAUCAAUUACAUCGUCGUUAUUCUACAUCGGCUGUUGUAUCAACACCUGUUCAUCAUCAUAAUCUUCAAGUUCCAUCUAUAUUUAAUGUUAUUCCACCAUCAUCACAAGAAAUAUUACCACGUGAUGCUUUGAAAAAAAUUACCGAUCAACAAUGGCAUAUUCCAAUAUUUUUACAUGGUUGUAAUAAAUUACGUUUAGCAUCAUCAUUACUUGUAUCUAAUGAACAACAAUUAAGAAAUCUUUGGUUGGAUACUUAUAUUGAUUAUACAAAAGAUGAUAAUGAAUCAACAAAUGAAACAAUAACAACAAAUGCAACAGUAUUACAAAAUUUAAAACCUCGAAAACGAGAUAAUUCUCGUCGACAUGAUGAUGAGACAAUAUUUCCUUCUGAAAAAUUAAUUGAAGAUAUGCGUGAUGCACUUGAUUAUGCUUUUGCAACAGCAUUUUAUAAAAAUUGUUUACUUGAUUUAACAACACAUAGAUCUGAUGUUGAAUAUGCAUUAAAUACAAUCUAUCAAGAACAUUAUGAAGAUAUUGAUUUAACACCAUUUCUUAAAGCAAUGUGUUCACAUUUAUCAAAUAAUGAACAAAAAUCAUUGGAAUCUGAUACUCUUUGUGAACCAACAACAAAACAUAUUAAUUCUUAUUUAAAUGAAAAAUUUCUUGAAAUAAUUCAUAAAUAUUUUCAUCGUGUAUCACCCGAUUCGGAAUAUUUUUAUUUUUGUACUGAUGAAGAACGUUUUCGACAAAGUCGUAAUUCAAAUGAAAUAGAAGAUCAUUUAAAAAAUAAUAACAAUAGUAAUAAUAUCAAUAAUAAUAAUAAUAAUAAUGAAUUACAAUCAACAUCAGGACCAUAUAAAUUUGAUGAAACAAAUGGAUAUGAUCAUGAAAGUGAUAAUGAUGAUGAUCGAGAUAGUAAUGGAACUGUUCAUAUACAUGAUCAUGAUGAUGAUGUUGAUGAUGAUGAUCCAGAAUUACAAUCAGAAACAAAUCGUCGUCGUUCUGAUGAAUCAGCAAGUUCAUUAUCAAAUCGUUCAAGAGAAUUAGGUGUACGAGGUGAAAUUUUACCAUUAUUUAUUUUUUUUGAUUGUCGAUUAGUUACAAAAGAUUAUGAUUAUAAUACACCAGUUAAAACUAUUCCACUAUGUAUAAGUAAUUUAGUUCCAAAUGGAAAUGAAACGAAAUUAGAUUAUGAUAGUGCACGUGUUUCAUUUGGUUUAAUUUGUUUAACAUUUGGACGUGAAGAUGUUGAUUCACAAGGUGCUAGUAUUGGUGGUAUUACAACGAAUACACCGACAUUUAAUAAUCUAUUUAUGUCAGCAAAACGAUAUCAAGAAUUAAAUGCUAUUGAAGCUAUUGAUAAUACGAGUACUUGUACAGGCACAACUAUGGGUGGAGAAUUAAAUAAACAUCCAUUGGAUAAACUUCGAUUAUCUGAUGCACAACGACGUGCAAUUUCAUCAUGUCGACGAGAGAUCGAAUGGCUUUUACGUGAUGAACAACUUUCAACAUAUUUUACUCGUCGUACACUCGAUAGAAGAUUAAUUGAAAAUGUUAUUGAACAUGUUCAAAGUUCAGUUAAUAUUCAUAAAUCAAAUUGUCUUUGUCGUUCAAUUGAUCUUAUGUUCGUAGUUGGUAUUGAUAAAUCUAUUGAUCCAUUUCUUGAAGAAUUAAAAAAUAUUCGUAUUCGAAACAAAUAUAUUCUAACGAAAUGUGGAAAUUAUUUUGUUUUACUUGAACCAAGUCAACAAAAUCUUAAUGAUAUUAAUCUAAAACGUAAACCAGCUUUAUCAGUGAAUUCAAGUGACGAUCAAUCAUCAGCUACUAUGGAAGAUAGUUCAAUUUCUGAUGGUUCAUUAAUAGAUGAUGAUGAUGAAAGAAAAUCUACUGAAGAUGAACUUGAUGAUUAUAUGAAACCAUCAUUUUGGCUUUUUAUUGAACGAAAAAAGAAAACGUCAUCUCACGUAGAUUUACUUGAAGUGAAAUUUUAUCUUUAUUGCGGAUCAUCAUCUGAUAUAACACAAAAUUCUUGUGAACCUCAAGCAAUAUUAGAAGAAUUAAUUAAUGAAUUUAAUCGAUUAUGUCGUAUAAUUAAUCAAAAAUUAUUAUUACGUGAUCUAGGAAUAAGUGGAUUAUGUAAUGCAUUAUUAGUGCCACCAAGUGAAAAUGAUGAUACAAGUCUUGAUGCUGAUGCACCAGUUUUAACAGCUAAUUUAAGUAUACCACCUGGAACAUUUGCUUGUGAUGAAUUAUGGAGACAUUCAUUUCCACUUCAUUUUCGUCUUCGUCCACAUCUUCAUGCAACAUCAAGUUUAAAACCAUCAUCUGUUUUUUAUCCUGGUUCACUUAUACGUGAAUUAACAACACAUUUUGGUUCAUUAGCUGUACAUAAUAGAAAAAAUUUAUUUGUUUAUUGUGGUGAACGUAGUUAUUAUUAUAUGAGAUUUCGAGAAGAUACUCUUCCACCACCAACAGCUAAUUAUAUUGAAGAUUCUUUAUUACUUAGUGACAGUAAUAAUACAUUUUGUGCACCACCAUCACCACAAAUGCCUAAUCAAAGUAAUGCAACAUUCAAUAAUGCUAUGAAAAAUCGUCAACGACAUGGUUCAGGUAAUUUUUGUAUUCAUGUAAUGCUCUAUGGAUUACAAUCUGCUACUACUGAUGGUCUAUUUGAAUCUGUAAAAACUAAUCUUGUUCAAUCGAUUGUCACUCGAUUAGAAGAUGAAGUUGUUAAAGAACUUGUCAAUGCUUUAUAUCAUUUUGCAAUGACACGUUUAAAUCCUGAUGAUGUUACUUUCAUUCGACCUGUUGAUAGUGAACCAAAACAUAUAUUUGAAUAUAAAAUUUCACCAUUAAUUAAUACAACUACAUUUUUAUAUUAUUUUCGACGUUAUGUUAAAACAAAUCAAUUUCAUCAACCUCUUCUAUUACCUGUACUUGCUAAAGAUCUUAAAGAAAUAAUAAAAGAUUAUCGUGGACAAACAUUAAUUGUUUAUAAUCGUACAUAUAAUAUUGGAAUUCCUCGACCAGGUCUUGCAUGGAUUGAAUUACAUGUAUUAAAUCCAAGUAAUCGUCCAAGUCCUUUAUCAAUGGAAGAUUUAUCUGAUGAAGUAACUGUUAAAUCACUUAUUGAUUUAAUUCAUAUUGUUGAACGAAAACCUUCUUCUUCAAUAAGUAUAACAAGUGAAGAUAAUUCAUCUGAAAAUAUUCUACGUUGUCAUGUUUGGGCACGUGGUAGUCAAUCUGAAAUUGAUCCAACAAUUAUGUCAAGUACAUUAUUACAAGCAUUUACAUUUGCAUUAGCUGAUUAUGUUACUGAACAUAAACUUUUACCAACAUUUUAUAAUAAUCAAAGACAUGGACAGUUCGAACCACCGUCACCAUCACCUCGUUCAGUAAAUACAAUUAGAUUUGUGGAUGAAUCAAGUUUUGCUCUUGAUCGAAAUACAGAAGCUGCACGUACACAUAGUGUUGAUACAGCUACAACAAUGGCAACAGUACAAUCGAGACGUCAUUCGACGAAUAGUACUGGUGGUAUAUUUAAUAUUUUCAAUAAAGGAAACAAACCUGUUGGUCCACAUUCACCUGUCAAACUACAGCGUCAAGAAUCAGUUCAAAGUUCAAUAUUAAGUAAUUCAUCAACUGAUGAACCACAAUCACUUACAGUUGAACAUGCUAAUCGUUUAACAGUAUGGUUUCAAUAUUUAAGUACAAAUUAUCCAAAACUUCCAUCUGUAACAUGUAGUUCUUAUACAUUAACUAAUCGAAUACUUGUUAUAGAUAUUAUACAUAAUUUUACAUCAUGGCUUCAUGAACAAAAAAUUAUAGCAUAUAAACAUGAAUCAUUACAUGGAAUGAUAUUUCGUUGUAAUCAAGAACAAACUUUAUAUUUACCAGUACCAUCAUUAGAUCACAUGCCAACACGUAUUCCUGGUGAUAAACUUGAUCUUAUUGUAUUAUAUCAAAGUACUAAAAUGAUUAAUGAUGUAGUUACGGAAAGUAAUGAAACAUUACCUCAACAAGAAUCUGGUGAUGCAAUGGCAUUAGCAAAUAGUUCCGAUAUUCCUAAACAUAUAUUUCUAUGUAUUGUUGCAAGUGAUAAAAAAUUAACAAUGAUUUUAUAUAAUGCACCUGAUGAAUUAUCUAAAUUAUUAACAAAUCAUUUUUCAAAUAUAAUUAAUUGGUCAAAUAAACGUUUAAAUGUUUUAAGUAUAAUUGUAACACAAAAAAUGGGUCUUUUUCGUUAUCGAUCAUUUCAUUCUGAUCAACAUUCAGAUUAUAAUCGUCCUCAUGGACAACAUGGAACAACGAAUAAACAUCCUAUAAAAAGUGAUCAUGUUGAUCUUGAACAAUUAAUUAAAGAAACUUUACCACCAAAAACAAGAAAUACUUAUACAUCAUGGAAUAUUGAUUUACUUUAUUGUAAUUUAGUUGGUUCAUAUCCACUAGUACCAAAUGAUUUAAGUCAAGAUCUUGUUCAACGACAUGGAACACAAUUACUUCAACUUAAAGAAAAUAAAAAAAUUCAUAUGGAUCGAUGUACUAAACUAGAAGAAAUAUGUUCAAAUUGGAUACUUCGACCAAAAUUAUUUAUUGCAGAUGAUGUAUUAACUCAAAUGAAACAUCGUUCACGAUUAUUAACAAUAAGUGUUGCACCUAUACUUUUUUCUCGGAUUGCUCGACAAUUUUUUCAAAAUAAUUCAACAUUACGUUCAAAUAAUACACCUUGUUUGGGUACUUCCACACCAGCAGCAGCAGUUGAAGUUUUACCGGCUAAUCGCAUGGCAAAUAAACGAAAAUCUGUUGCGAUUCCUGUCGAUUUUGCUUUACGCCGAUCUGUGCAAUCGGUUAAUGAGAGUGAUUAUCAAAUUACUCAAAAUCAAUUAACACGCUUUGAUACAAGUCGUUUCAAUAAUAUUGAACAACAAUAUAUUCAAAUAACUACAUUAUUUAUCGAACAAUUUUCUAAUUAUUUACAAACAACAUAUAAAUUUCAUCCAAUAAAUACAAAAUUAAGUACUCGAAAAAUUGCUCGUUCAUUACAUGUUCAAUCAUCAAAUGAAUAUAAUUUUCAUCGUUCUGAUCAUAAUCGACGUGCAACUUUACUUGCUGAAUUAUCAUCAUUAAAUAAUGUUCAAAUUGUUAUGCGUUUUCUUCAAUAUGAUAUUAUUAAAAUACCAAUAAAUAAUCAAUCAUUAGCAACAACUCAUUUUCGACAAAUUUCAAAUGAUUCAUUUUUAAUGCUUGAACAAACAGAACUUGAUGCAUUUGUUUAUGAUUUUCAUCUUCAAACAAUAAUUCGUUAUCAAACAAAUUCAAAUGAUGCACAUAUAUUUCCAGCAGAUUUUUCAUUAAUUACAUUUUUACAAGAUUUUAUUGAAUAUUAUCCACAUGCACCAAUUGGAUCAAAAACUGCAUUAUUUAAAACUGUUAUUCAUCAUCAAAUUGAUAUUAAUAAACGUUCAGCGGAUGCUUUUUUAUUUAAAUAUAUCCUUGACCAUGCAGGUGCAUAUAAUAUUCAAAUUGCAAAAAGAAAUUGUGAUGAAUAUCUAUUUGAUUGUGAUCUCAAAGAUACUUAUUGGAUGGCUGCUCGUACAACUCCAUCAUCACCUUCUGAAUUAACAGUUGUUUUGUAUAUAAUUUAUACAAAUUUAACACCAAAACAACAAAUUUCAUCAAAUAUGAGUGUACCAGCUUUAAAUAAAUUUCCUAUACCUCCAAUAGGUAAUAAUCGAAUAUCAAACAGUUUAAAAAAUAAUACAAAUAGUAAUCAAAUCAGAGAACGUGCUUCAACUAUAUUAUCACCAUCUAUAAAAACCAAUCUUGUUAUACCAGUUCGAUCAAGUUCAUUUGGUUCAGAACAACAUAUUAGUAAUAAUAUUCCCAAUGAACGAAAUGUUGAAUUUUUCAAAUUAAAAUUAACAACUAUAUUAAACAAAGCCUCAUUAUCACAUCGUCGUGAAAAUUUAUGGGAAAGAUUAAUUGCUUCUCGAUCUGAUAAUCCUGUAGCCGGACGUCAAGAAAUAGUACCAAUACAUAUAAAUGAAUUUCAAGCAUUAUUAGAUUCAUGUAUUGGUGAUGAAACAAUCGAAUUAAAAGUUAUAACUUCAUUAUUACAACGAGUAUUUACUAAUAAAGAACAAUUAGAACGAUUACAUCGAUUUUUACGUUUACGAUAUGGUUCACAAUUUCAUACGAUUAAUUCACCAACAAUUAAUUAUCUAGUCAUCUUUCAAUGUAAAGCUCCACAUCAAUGCGAUGCAUUUCUUGUUCUUAUCUAUCGAUCGGAUCAAAAUACUCUAAGAUCUUAUUUAGUCAAACAUCGAAAUGAUAUCGAUUGUACAACAUUUAUACAAACAUUUACACAAAGAAUUACUUAUUUUCUUUGGGAAUGUUUGGUUUAG